CAGAGGAGCAUCCAACAAGCAACACUGAGUAGUGUUGACAGACAGCCGCUGCCAACUUAACAAAACUGGGAGGUGGGAAAGAAGCACAAGAAGAAGACUCACAAAAAACAGUGGAAGGGGAGAGUUUUAAGAAAAACUAUUUAGAAAAGUAGAAGUCAGUGACUAGUGAAAUUUUCAGUUUUACAGCAGCUGUUGGAACAGGACAUUUUCUCUACUUCUUUUUGCAAGAAUAAAAAAAAAACCCAGCAUGUCUCUGGAGGUGAAGGAGAAAACCCAAGUGCGUCUAGUGUUUCUGGGGGCAGCAGGAGUGGGCAAGACAGCCCUGAUCCAACGUUUCCUCCAAGACACAUUUGAGCCCAAACACCGACGCACAGUGGAGGAGCUGCACAGCAAGGAGUACGACAUCGGUGGGGUAAAGAUCACAGUAGAAAUCCUGGACACCAGUGGCAGCUACUCCUUCCCGGCCAUGCGCAAGCUCUCCAUCCAAAACAGCGACGCCUUCGCUCUGGUGUACGCAGUGGAUGACCCAGAGUCACUGGAGGCUGUCAAGAGCCUCCGAGAUGAGAUUUUGGAGAUCAAGGAGGACAAGUACACACCAAUCGUGGUGGUGGGGAACAAGGUGGACCGCGAGAAGGAGCGACAGGUGUCCAACGAGGACGUGCUGUCAACUGUGGAGAUGGAUUGGAACAACAGCUACCUGGAAGCUUCGGCGAAGGAGAAUGCCAAUGUGGUGGAGGUGUUCAAGGAGCUCCUGCAGCAGGCGAACCUUCCCAGCCGCCUCAGCCCAGCGCUACGCAGACGCAGGGAGACCUUUCCGAAAGACACCAACUUCCGGCCGCCCAUGAACAAGACUAACAGCUGUAUUCUGUCGUAAUGGGAGAUGGAGGAGAAGCUUUGUUUCACGAAGGGACACGAGAUGAGAGGAUGGAGGGUAUGAUGUGCAACUCAGUGCUGUUGGACAGAGAGAACGAGAAAAGGCUGACUGACUUCAGUUAGUGGGAGUUUAAAGUGAAGAGCUGACUGAGAUCAGAGAUUCUUGCCCAAUGGAGACACCUCAGGGUUCACAACUGAGAAACAUGAAGAGGUGAAUGUUGACUGAACUUGAACAGACUGCCAGGGGAAAGAAGGAAGAUGCAUUAAUUACUCAGUUGUUUACUUCAUGUAAUGUUGUUGCUGCUUAUUUUGUGACAUGCUGCUGGUGUUUAGAUCAAUGUAUAGGAUUUGGAGUUUAAAUUAAAUUGUUCACUUGAUUCACAGAUAGUAAGACUGUUGCUAACAGAUUGUUUACUGAGAGAAAGUGUGUAUAUAUGUGUAUGUUGUGGUAUGUGCAAACGUUUUAUGUCUCAUGUAAAGUAUUUUUAUUUAAUAAUUCACCUGUAGCACAUCUUAAUGUUUACAAUUUUUUGUAUUCAAUUCCAAUGUUGCCAUUGAGCAUGACAUUAUUCUUAUGUUUUUUAAAAAAAAAUUGUGAAAUGCAAAUGUAAACUGUAAAUGCACUUUUUCAUGACGAAAUGACCAUUCAAAAUGUUUUUUUUAGCUUGUUUUUUUUUUUUUAAUCGAUUCGAUUUUUUUAUCAUGGCAUAUUCUUACAAAUGUUAUUAUUUUGCUGUUUAUUUGACAAAUGUAAGUGAAAUGUGGAUGUAAAUGUGUAAUAAAAGAAAGAAGCAUACAACUAGUGAA